UCCUCACCUGUUCGAUGCUCGUGUUGCACUCACCUUUCUGUUGAAAACUCAUUAUUCCUCGUCUCAAAAUCUCUAUUUUGAUUUUGAAGCUACUAUUUCGAAAACGGAAAAGAUGCUGCCAUCAAACAAAAAGAACCUUCGCGAUUCUAGCGAUUCAUCAGAUUAUAUUUCCUCAUCUGAAUCUUCUGAAGAAGAAGAAACAAGUUGCGAUAAAAGAUUUGUAAGGAGCGAUGGACCAAACCCAAAGAUUUCGGACGAACUGUCUGAGUCAGCAGAUCCUCAACCAUCAUCGUCUAAUGAAAAUAGUUCUACAAUUGAAGAAAGAAGAUCAAGAUCAACUGCUAUCAAAAUGAUGAUCUGUCUUGAGCUCGUUAAAAAUGUAACAAUAUUAUUUGCAGUUUUUUUCCUGAUGAUCCUGUUUAUAAUUUGGUAUUUAUAUUUGACUUUCACCCUUUGGAACUGGAUUAACACGUAAGAUACCAUUGGAGGUAGCAUGGUUUUUCAGUAAUAAAAAUUAUCAUCAAUUUCGUUAUUUUCAAUUAUUAUCAGAUCGAUGAUUUGCCUCAAGCUUGUUUAAAAUGUAGCAAUAUUAUUUGAAACUAUUUACUUAAUGAUUCUGUCUCUGAUUAGGUUUUUAUGUAUGACUUAAAAUGUGUCUUGAAUCAGAAUGUACCAAUUUAUGUGCUCACAGUUUUUUAAAUAAAAGCUCUCAUCACUUAAUUACCAUCAUUGACGUUGAUUCAUGAAAAUGA